GGUAUCUUGCUAGAUAAAUACAUGUGAUGGCAGUAUCUGCCUGUGCUUGCUCUGUGCAGAAGUUUGACAUCAGUUGGAGAACACCAUGGCUUCUGUUCAAGAGAAACUGAUCACUCCUGUGUGCCAGGAUAAGGCUGCUAAACCCAAGAACAAAAUAACCGUUGUUGGGGUCGGACAAGUUGGCAUGGCCUGCGCUGUCAGUGUCCUCCAGAAGGAUUUGUGUGAUGAGCUUGCUCUAGUUGAUAUCUUGGAAGACAAACUAAAGGGUGAGAUGAUGGAUCUGCAACACGGUUCCCUGUUCCUCAAGACUUCUGUCAUUGUGGCUGACAAAGACUAUUCCGUAACUGCUAACUCUAGAAUUGUUGUGGUAACCGGUGGAGUCCGCCAGCAGGAAGGAGAGAGUCGUCUCAACUUGGUCCAGAGGAACGUCAAUGUCUUUAAGUUCAUUAUCCCUCAGGUUGUCAAAUACAGCCCUGACUGCAUCAUCAUUGUGGUCUCCAAUCCAGUGGACAUCUUGACCUAUGUCACCUGGAAACUGAGUGGCCUGCCCAAGCACCGUAUCAUUGGCAGUGGAACCAAUCUGGAUUCUGCACGGUUUCGCUAUCUGAUCGGUGAGAGGCUUGGGAUUCAUCCAUCCAGUUGUCAUGGCUUCAUUCUAGGAGAACAUGGAGAUUCCAGUGUGGCUGUCUGGAGUGGUGUUAAUGUCGCUGGAGUUGGUCUCCAGUCCCUUAAUCCUGAAGUCGGCAGUGACCAAGACUCCAGCAAAUGGAAAGAGGUUCACAAGCAAGUAGUUGACAGUGCCUAUGAAGUGAUCAAGCUUAAAGGCUACACCAACUGGGCCAUUGGCUUCAGUGUGGCUGACAUAAUAGAGUCCAUUACUAAAAACAUGAGCCGAGUCCAUCCAGUUUCAACAAUGGUAAAGGGCAUGUAUGGCAUUGAGAAUGAAGUGUUCCUGAGCCUCCCAUGUGUCCUAAAUGGAAAUGGAUUGACCAGUGUCAUCAACCAGAAGCUGAAGGAUGAAGAGGUUGGUCAGCUGCAGAAGAGCGCAGAGACCUUAUGGGGCAUCCAGAAAGACCUGAAAGACCUAUAAUCUGCUUCCAUGGCUUGGCAAUAUGAUUCUGUAGUUCUGUAUUGUAUACUAGUUUCUAGAGUGAUAGUUGUCUAAAUAAAUCCUUUACCAAUGGAA